UGUAAACCCGGAAGCUGAAAAUAUAUCAAGAUGUCAGCAGGACAACAGCCAAAUGCAAUCCAAAAGCCCAUUCAACAAGACUGGGCCAACAGAGAGUAUAUUGAAGUCAUAACAUGUAGCAUUAAGAAAAUAGCCGACUUCCUUAACUCGUUUGAUACCUCAUGUAGAUCCAGGCUUGCAACACUUAAUGAAAAGUUGACACAGCUGGAGAGGAGAGUAGAGUAUAUAGAAGCUAGGAUAACAACAGGGCAGACCUUGGACUGAUGUGUGGAGUUAUGAGGACAUUUGGCAGGCCAACAUUGUGAACUUGACAUUUAAAUGUGUGAAAUGCACAGAGAAAUGGAGCACUCUACAGAGGAUAUCAUCUUAUACCAAAUUGUUGAAUAAAACUUGAAAAUAUAUGUUCAGGUGUAAAUGGGACAAUAAUGUGAAAUACUGUUAAGGUUUUUAGUUAUGCCCUUUGUUUUAGACUUGGUUAAUUUUUAGCUCGACUAAUAGAAGAAUAGGGGAGCUAUCCUACUCACCCCGGCGUGAGCGUUAGCAUGAGCGUCACACAAAUGUUAAAGUUUGCGUACCACACCAAAUAUUUUCAAAGUCCAUUGAGAUAUUGCUUUCAUAUUUUGCAUACUUGUUUACCAUCAUGACUCCAGUCUGUAAAAAGGAGGAGGCAACUCUAUCAAGCAUUUUGACUGAAUUAUGGCCCCUUUUCGACUUAGAAUAUGCUUAUUGUAAUGUUAAAGUUUUACUCAUAGCUAAUAUUAUACUAUCAAGUACUGAGAAUAGUUGAGCGCGCUGUCAACUGACAGCUCUUGUUUUAUAAAUAUUUUGUACAUAAGCUGGUAUCACAGUAACCAUUUCAAGGAAUGGAUUGAAACUUCACACAUUUGUCCACUGUGAUGAUCCGGCAUGUAAUGCCUAAGGUACAUGCAUCUUUUUGACUCUGUUUUCAUGAAUUUAAUUUCUUUAAUGAUGUAGCUUUGUCAGAAGUUAACAUUUGCAGUCCUCUGACAGCUAAUUUCUUUGAUCUGCUUCUAUACAAUUGGUGGGAUUUGAAUGGAACUUCGCAUGUAUAAUCAGCACCAAGUGUUUUGGCACAAAUUUAAUGGGCUUUACUGUUGAAUGAAUUUUGCCAUGUUAUGACUUUGAUUUUCAUACAUAAUGUACACUCACAGAUGCAGUUUAGGAGUUUUGUCACCACUUGUCAGAUUUUGAUCAAAUUUAACAGUAAUGAUUGGUAUAAAGUUUAGUUAUUCAUAUCAAUAUCAUGUUCCAAUGGAAAUUUAUUUUCUAGGUUACGACCCCUUAUAUAAUGUCUUUUUCUUGAUCAGCUUUCUUUGAAAUACCGGUACUCAUAUAUUUUUGAUGGGACUUGAAUAAAACUUAAUAGGAAUGAUCAGUACCAAGCUUUGUUGCAAAUAUUUUAAAAGGUUUUAACCUUUAGCCUGUUGGCGGCGAAUUUUUCUGCCUUUGCGACCAGUGCAGACCAAGAUCAGCCUGCACAUCCAUGCAGUCUGAUCAUGGUCUGCACUGUUCGCUGUUCAGUCAGUAAAUUUUCAGCAAACACCCCUUCAAAUAAUAAGUGGCAUUGCCCAGAUUGAAUGAUGGACCAGUCCAUUAUAGAAAUUAAGCAGGCUAAGGGUUAAAGUUAGGUGAUUUUUUAACAAAGUUAUGCUCUUCUGAUUCUGAUUAAUAAGUCUACAUAGGUUCUUGUCUUGACAUCACUCCGUAAUCCCCGUAAAUGAAACUUUACAGGAGUGACUGGUAUUAGGCUUAUUAUGUCUAUUGUUGACACAUUUCAACUUCGUGAAUUUUCAUGCAGCUAUAGCUCUAUGAUGAUUUCAGAUUUUGUGGGGAGAUACUUUUUUUUUUAUUUUUAGAAAACUUUAUAGUUAACACUGGGAUUCAUUUUAAAUUUUGAACUGUCCAAUAUGUGACGUAUUAUAUUCAAUACAGAAAUAUAUAUUGUGAGGUCAUGUGAUGCAAAUGUAGACCACAUUUGAAUAGGAAAAUUUGUAUUGAGUACAAGGAAGUGCCAUCUCAUGACUGCAUGUUAAAGAAAUUCAAUAAAUUGAUGUUAGUUACUGAAGUGCUGAAAUCCUAGAUUUACCAUCUUUCUGUGCAUGUGUGUUCAGUAUGCAUAGCUGUUACAGAAUGGACACCAUUUAUCUGCACUGCUGCACAGUUGUUACAGAUUAGACAUCAUGUAUGUCCACUGGUGUGCUUGUGUUAAACAUGCAAAUCAGAUAGAAAACAGACAUCAUGUAUGUCCACCGGUGUGCUUGUGUUAUGCAAAGCAGAUAGAAAACAGACAUCAUGUAUGUCCACCGGUGUGCUUGUGUUAAACUGCAAAGCAGAUAGAAAACAGACAUCAUGUAUGAUCCAUCCGGUGUGCUUGUGUUAUGCAAAGCAGAUAGAAAACAGACAUCAUGUAUGUCCACCGGUGUGCUUGUGUUAAACAUGCAAAGCAGAUAGAAAACAGACAUCAUGUAUGUCCACCGGUGUGCUUGUGUUAAACAUGCAAAGCAGAUAGAAAACAGACAUCAUGUAUGUCCAUUGGUGUGCUUGUGUGAAACAUGCAAAGCAGAUAGAAAACAGACAUCAUGUAUGUCCACCGGUGUGCUUGUGUUAAACAUGCAAAGCAGAUAGAAAACAGACAUCAUGUAUGUCCACCGGUGUGCUUGUGUUAAACAUGCAAAGCAGAUAGAAAACAGACAUCAUGUAUGUCCACGCGUGUGCUUGUGUUAAACAUGCAAAGCAGAUAGAAAACAGACAUCAUGUAUGUCCACCGGUGUGCUUGUGUUAAACAUGCAAAGCAGAUAGAAAACAGACAUCAUGUAUGUCCACCGGUGUGCUUGUGUUAAACAUGCAAAGCAGAUAGAAAACAGACAUCAUGUAUGUCCACCGGUGUGCUUGUGUUAAACAUGCAAAGCAGAUAGAAAACAGACAUCAUGUAUGUCCACCGGUGUGCUUGUGUUUAAACUGCUCAGUUGUUACAGAACAGACUUCAUGUAUCAGUUCUGAUGUGUGUGUGUGUGCGUGCGUGCGUGUGUGCAUGCGUGUGUGUGUGUGUGUUAAGUACAACUGUUAUAUAACUGAAUGCAAGAAUUUGUAUACAUGAAAUAUUGAAAUGAAGAGAUCUAUUUUAUAUGUAAUGUUCCUAAUAUGUCUAAUCUUAAUAGGUAGUGAAGAGCAAAUAGUGAAGAACACUCUGGAUAAAACUGGUUAACUAGUAAAGCUAAUAACAAAAGGAAAAUAAUUGUUAUGAGACAAAUUAAUAUGUUACCAUUGCAGAUGAAUAGAUUAUAUUUAGCAGUAAGCAUAUCACUACACUGCCUCUGUCAUAGUUAAUAACUGUAAACUGUUCACAAGUAUGUCAUGGUUUAAACAUCUUAAUAACUGUGCGUACCAUGAUUUAUACCUGUAGAUUCAAUCUCUGUGUUAUGAUUUACACCUGUAUACUGUCUAUGAUAUGAUAUGAUUAUAAUGGGGUUAUCAUAACAGUUGCUCGAUCUGGAACGCUGUAAUCGGCUCGAGUGGAUUUUUGCCAGAUCAGAUUUCACGAGGCGCGCAAACGCCAGUGUGAUCUUACCUUGCAAAAUCCACAAGAGCCAAAUACAAAAUCCCAGAUCCAGCUACUGUUGUGAUGACCCUUUUAUUAUAUACCUCUAGCUUUUUGUUUGUUGUUUUGUUAUUGAACGAAAUCUGCAAUGUUUAUCGAUAUUAAAAUGGAACUAAGUGAA